AUGGAUCCUGAAGCUGAGAUAAAGAAGCAAGUAAACCCUUUCUACUGCAAUAUUUGCAAAAUCUGGUGUGCUUCUGCAUUAAACUUGCAGACUCACUUCCUUGGAUUCAAACACAAGACGGUUGAAGAAGCACUGAAAGCUCAUGGCAUUGUUAAAACUGCAAGUGGCUCAGGGGAGCAAGUGAAAACACCUGUAAAACUUCCUGAUUAUGUGCUAACUGAGCCAGAGAGGUUUCAUGGACAGACCUUGGAAGAACAGCUUAAUACGUGUAAAGAUUCAGAACCUGCACUUGGACUUAAUUAUAUAAUUGAAUACCGAUCAAAAGACAAUUUCCCUUUUCUCUAUGAAUGUCAACUGUGCCACUGUAAAACAGGACUGAGUAACAUGUUCAUGCAUGUUUGUGGUUCCAAGCAUAGACUGGCAUACCUGAAACAACAUUACCCUGAGAUAGCAGAAUCUGAUGAAGUUAAGGGUAAAGGCUCCGAACUGAACAGAAAAGUUAGGCAAGUUGCAUUAACAAUUGAGAAGAAAGAAGGAAGAAAACAAAUAAAGGUUGUUACAGAUGCUCCGAUAAUGAGGAGGAGAUGGCAAGAAUACCCUAAUGCAGAUGACAGCCCUUCAAAAGCUAAAGUUCAGCAUGUGGAUACAUCACUUAGUAAUGAAGAAAAAACAGAUUGUAAAAAUAAGGAUGGAAAAAUGCCAGACUCUAUUCAAGAUGAAAAGAAUGUUCAAGAGGAGCAGGAAAAAAGUCAGAAAGAACAGGGAAAACCAGAUGAGAAGGUUGAACCUAAUAAGGCUAUUGAAAGCAGCAAAGGCAACAAGACUGAAGAAGGCAGCAAAGGCAACAACUCAGAAAAGUGUGAGACCAGUAAACAAUCCCAGGAAGAAAAUGAGGACAUUGAGCAAGAAUUUACAGCAAAUCCUGAAGAAUUCACUAGUCAAGAAGAACUGCUGGGUUAUUUGCAAAGUUUUGAGAUACUGAAUGAAGAUGAUGCUUCAUUCAUCCUAAAAGUUACACAGACUCUUACAGAUGCACUAGUGGAAUAUCGUCAGCAGACUGCAUCAAAAAAAGACAUCUUAGAUACUGAAUAUAAUGGAGAGGAAGCAUUAGAACAUUCCACAGAACAGUCUGACCUGACUUCAGCAGACUAUUCACGCAGCCGAUCAGCUAAGCAGUCCUUAUCACUAAAUGAAGAAGAUGAACCCCAAAACUUUUCAACUGGCUCUUCGGAAACAGCAUAUGAGAACAUCACUACUGAAUUUUUGAACAGUGUAAGAAAUAUGAAUGUUGAGGAAGUUACUGCUACUCUACACAAAAUAGCAGCAGCAAAUCCAGCUUUCAGAGGAAUUGAUAUUCCGAAUGUUAUAAGGAUCCUGACUGAAAGUGGAACUCUGAGAAGACCAAGCAAUGGCAGCACACAGUGACAUGAGUUACCAACAGAAUGAACUAUUGCAGUCAGCAGUACAAAUUAAUCCUACAACAAAUACUUGGAAGUUAUUCCCUGUGGCUGCUGGGCCUGACUCAAAAGCUAUUGUAAUCCAAAAUCCCUUCCCAUGUGAGGAUUACGAAUAGCUUUCCAUAUACGUUUUUAAGUAAAGUUUAAAAAUAAUAAUAAAAAGUCAGUGCUGUCAGUAUAGUGGUGAGUUGAGAAGUUCCUGGAUUAUAGGCAAUUUAGGGAACCUAGAUAUUUGGAAGCUUUAGCAAAGUCAACAGAGGCUGGCUACGUCUGCAAAUUCAGGGAUGUGUCCCAAGAGAUCUAACCAAACUAUGGUUAAGAGGCACUGAUGUGGUAGCAAAAGUAUCUUCUGUCCUCUCUUAUCCCACCAGUAUGAGAGUGAAAUGAAAGCUUCUGCUGUCCUUCAGUUCAGGCUCUUUUAACGUGAACUUUUUUCCAACUAAAGUAGUAGUGGUUUUGUACUGAAUGUAAAGGUCUAUAUGUUAAUGACUACUACUUUUGUAGGAUGAUGAAAAAUGUUUUGGAUGGUUACAAAUUAGUGUGCUUGGAUAAAAAAUAAAUUUUUAAAAUUAAAUUGUGUAAUUAAAAUUUGCUUCCUGCUUGUGAUGCUGGAUAGCAUUCAGUGGUUCUAAUUAAAGCUCUUCAGCUUUGCAGCCAAAUACUGGUAUAAUAUAGACAUGCUGGGCCAGAUGGUAAAUGAACCUUUUAAUGUUAACUUACAUUUUUGUGGAGCUCUGGAUGGAAUUGAGAAUCCUCAUCCUGAUGGUUUUGCAUCUUCAUAUCAUGGAAGGCAAGAUGCCAUAAAAAUAAGGUAACAAAGAAAGCAGCAACAAAAUUGGUUAGUUUUGUUCUGUGAACAGAGACAGGAAUGAAAACAGUUCCAUGACAAUUAAAGAAAUUAAAACACAAAAAGCUGCUUUAAAGAAAUUGUGAAGAAUUUCUAGGAUGCCUCUAAAUACGUUCUUGUUGGAAGCAGAGAUGGAUCAGAGCUCUUAGGGCUCAUUUACUGUAUAAUAGGGACAAUCUUCAUGCCUGCUUAAUGAAGAUGAACUUGAUCAGUAAAAACAUCUUUUACUUGAUAGAAAAUUCUGAAUUCAGUUCCUGUAAUACAGAAAAUAAAAAUAGAAACAUCUUUUUCUGUUUGUUUUCAAAGUGCAGAACAUUCUAUUAAUUAAAAGAAUAAAAUGAGAAUGUUCAGCUGUUGUAAAUGGCCAUCUCUGGGACAGCUUCUGUUUUCUCUUACUGUGGAAUA